UGCGCGCGAGGUGGGGGGCUAGUGGGACGGCGGUUUUGUGGCUGGGCUCUGGCACGGGAGGCGGCCGAAGUUACGGCGGUUUGCUGGGUCUCGCUCUCCGGCGGCGCGCGCGCGGGGCAAAACCGGGGAGCUUCUCCUUCGCCGCUCGCUGCGCCUCAUACUGGGAAGGCUCCGGACUGGAGUGGGAGCUGCGCGUCUCCCGCCCUCGCGUGGCGCCUGGGCUAUGCCCCGUCCGGCGUUGCUGGCGUGAAGAAAUCUGUCAAGGUGGCUGAUAUCAGUAAGAGCAACAGGCCUUAUCAGGAGGCCUCUACAUCAGUGAAGGAGGUAAAGGCAAAAGAGGCAGUGUGACCACAUGCCACAUUUCAAGGGAGAUUCAGACAGUAGCCACGACUUUCAUUCCGGGAGCAUCUGUUAAUAUUAAAAAUAGAAGACUGGACUGGAUGGACCUUUGGUUGAAUGUAGGAAGAUUUCUUGCUGGAGAUGUAUUUUUAUAUUCAUCUGGUAAUGCAUAAGAAGAAUUGCUUAACAUUAUAAUGGAUUUUAAGUGGAGCUAUCAAGAAAAGUGUUACAAUAAAGUUUAUGUCUGACGAGCAGUAUAGCUUAUCACAUAGAACAAUGACAACUUCUCAUAUGAAUGGACAUGUAACAGAAGAUUCUGACAGUGAAACAAAAAUUAUGGAUCUUGCACCUCUUGAAGAAUCUCAGAAACACAGGGAGAUGGCUGUGGAUUGCCCAGGUGAUCUAGGCAGCCGGAUGAUGCCAUUACGGCGGAGUGCUCAACUUGAACGGAUUCGACAGCAGCAAGAGGACCUAAGACGAAGACGGGAAGAAGAUGGGAAAAAACAAGAACUCGAUCUUAAUUCUUCUAUGCGACUGAAAAAGCUGGCACAAAUUCCUCCCAAGACUGGAAUAGACAACCCUAUGUUUGACACAGGAGAAGGAGUAACUCUGGAGAGUCCACAUUGUGCUGUGAAAGUCCUAGAAGUUGAUGAGCUGCUGUCUUCUCUUAAGCAUGUCCAACACACACUGAUAGAUCCACAAAGUCAAGAGGAAAUUGCUCUGAUUUUACAGCUUGUGCAAAAUACUGACUUUCAAAAUGCAUUUAAGAUACACAAUGCUGUUACUGUGCAUAUGAACAAAGCAAGUCCCCCAUAUCCUCUUAUCUCCAAUGCACAAGAGCUUGCACAAGAGGUACAAAAUGUUUUGAGACCAAGCCAUCAGAAAGAUGGGCUGGAACUUAAUUCUUUAUUGAAUGCUCCUCAUGUUCAGGCACUACUUUUGGCUCAUGAUAAAGUUGCUGAGCAGGAAAUGCAACCAGAAUCCGUGGCAGAUGAAAAGGUCUAUGAAAAUGUUGGUCAGUAUGGAGGAGAGACAGUUAAAAUUGUUCGCAUUGAGAAAGCUAGAGAUAUUCCAUUGGGUGCUACAGUACGAAAUGAAAUGGAUUCAGUCAUCAUUAGUCGAAUAGUGAAGGGAGGUGCUGCCGAAAAGAGUGGGCUGUUGCAUGAGGGUGAUGAAGUCUUAGAAAUCAAUGGAAUUGAAAUUCGUGGAAAAGAUGUUAAUGAGGUUUUUGACUUGCUGGCGGACAUGCAUGGCACUCUGACGUUUGUGCUGAUUCCCAGUCAGCAGAGCAAGCCCCCACCUACUAAAGAGACAGUGAUCCAUGUGAAAGCUCACUUUGACUACGAUCCUUCUGAUGACCCCUAUGUCCCUUGCAGAGAGUUAGGUCUGUCUUUUCAAAAAGGAGAUAUACUCCAUGUGAUCAGCCAAGAAGAUCCAAAUUGGUGGCAGGCUUAUCGAGAUGGAGAUGAAGAAAAUCAACCUUUGGCAGGCCUUAUUCCAGGAAAAAGUUUUCAGCAGCAAAGAGAAGCAAUGAAGCAAACUAUAGAGGAGGACAAAGAGCCAGAAAAAUCAGGAAAGCUUUGGUGCGCAAAGAAGAACAAAAAGAAACGGAAAAAAGUUUUGUAUAAUGCCAACAGAAAUGAUGAUUAUGACAACGAGGAGAUUUUGACUUAUGAGGAAAUGUCACUUUAUCACCAGCCAGCAAAUAGGAAACGACCUAUUGUCCUGAUUGGUCCCCAGAACUGUGGUCAAAAUGAACUGUGGCAAAGGUUAAUGAAUAAUGAAGCUGACCGAUUUGCUUCUGCAGUUCCUCAUACAACACGGAAUAGGAGGGACAAUGAAGUAGCUGGCAGGGAUUACCAUUUUGUAUCACGGCAAGUAUUUGAGACUGAUAUUACAGCAGGAAAGUUUAUUGAGCAUGGUGAAUUUGAGAAGAAUCUGUAUGGUACCAGCAUAGACUCUGUCCGGCAGGUGAUCAAUUCUGGAAAGAUAUGUCUCUUAAAUCUUCAUACACAGUCGUUGAAGAGUUUACGCAAUUCAGACUUGAAACCAUACAUUAUCUUCAUUGCACCACCUUCACAAGAACGGCUUCGUGCACUGCUGGCCAAAGAGGGCAAAAAUCCAAAGCCAGAAGAACUAAGAGAAAUCAUAGAGAAAACCAGAGAGAUGGAGCAAAAUAAUGGCCAUUACUUUGAUACAGCGAUUGUGAAUUCUGAUAUUGAUAAAGCAUAUCAAGAAUUACUUCGUUUAAUUAACAAACUUGAUACAGAACCUCAGUGGGUUCCAUCCUCGUGGCUGCGAUGAAAAAGAACCAUGCCAAUGAAGAAAAGGUCUUUGCCAAUUGCAUCCUUCUCAUCCUUGCUAAUUCAUUUAAUACUCAAGUCCAACACUUGCUGUGAUUGUAAAAUGUCUGACUUUCUCUACUUUUAAUUAGACACAGUGUGAACAAGCCACAUUUUAAUUAUUUAAGUAGUUUUUCUAACAGCUUCUUUUUGUCUAGAGUUUUGUUCUUCAAGCAAGUAUAUGUAUACAGUCCAUGAUCAUUAUUAAUAUUGGUUACUUAACAUUGGUAACUUAAUGAUCUAAUAAAAUUACUGUAGCUUUCAAAAAUACCUUUACAAAAUAUUGGAUGAAUGAAAUAAUCAGGAGGAAAAAGGAACUAAUCUGCUCAUUUUCUUCUUAGUAGUAUAAAGGGGCCACUUAUAUGGAGUUGUCCUUAGGCUUGAAAUUGUUUUUAAUGAAACAUUCCUUUAUCCAAUAGCACUGCAGUUUUUUAAAAAUAUGUACAAUGUAAAUAAUCAAACAUUUUUUGUCUUUAGAUACUUUAUAAAUCAGAUUGAUAGCUUAUUAAAUAACAAGGUUCCAUUGAGAGAUGAAUUCUAUAUAUGUCAAUAUUUUAGAUGUGAUAUUUUUAUAGAUUUUUUCCCCUUUUAUCUACAUCAGUUAAUUGGGAGCUACUGUUAUCCCAAGGAACUGUGGAACAUUUUAGAAGGGAAGCUAUAUUUUUAUGACAAUAAUUCUUACAUGGAUUUUUUUUUACAAGGCUUUGCUUCCUUACAAUGUAAAAUUGUUUUCAUAAACAAAAAACAGACUUGGGGAUACUGAAUAUUAGCGUCCAUUCUUGUAUUUUUAUACCUAGGCACAAGGUGUCUCAUGACUGUUGGAGUUAAUAUUAAGUAACAGUAAGAUAAUAUGAAUGUUAGGAACAUGUCUUAUUCUCUUUUCUAGAACCAUGAGAUCCCUCAUGAAAAUGUCCAUUGGCUAAAUAUUGCAGCUUCUCCAGUAGUAGCUUUUUUUUGAAACAGAUUAGUUUUGUUACUUCCUUGUGGGUGGCACCCUUGAAUGUGAAUAUUGAUAGUUAUUUUUCUCAAUCAUAGCUUUUAUUUUUAUAUACUGUCUUACACUGGAAUUACUUCAACAUGUAGUUGAAUAGGUGAAGUAUUAGCUGUUUCUCUAUGUUCUUUCAUUUUUUCCUCAUAAAAUAUGAAAUAGAAAAGAAUUCAGCAAGAAUAAUACUGUUUUUUGUUCAUUGUUGAACAUGCUAUAUGGCACAUAGAGACUGUGUGGGAAAAGUGGUUUAAGAACUGAAAUUCCUCAGUAUUAUAGGCAUCCCUUAGCAGGCAAGAAGAGAAGACAAAAAAAAUAAUCUGGUCAUAUUCAUCUGAAAUAUAAAACAGUUCCCUCCCAUUCAAAUUCUAUAUAAAUGGUCUUAUAUUUAUAAAGUGAUGGUAAAAUAAUCACCCACUAAUGUGCCUCAUCCAGUAAAGCCUUCCAGUAGAUAAUAGAAAUGAUAUGGAAUAAUUCCUUAUUAUUAUUAUUAUUAUUAUUAUUAUUAUUAUUAUUAUUAUUAUGCAUCUCAAAUAGUCAAUUUUGCCUGGAAUGCAUGACACAGAAAUGAUGUAUUUUUCUUCAUUUGAGUUGUGAUUGUUCCUAAAUAUUGGUGAUUGUUACAGGUCAUUUGAGAUGUAAUGCAUCCCAGCCUUUUUCUUUGCUUAAGGGAUCAGGAGUGCACUAUGGGAUCACAUAAUUUAUUUCCCAUCCCACCCUGUCAUAUAUAACUUAUAGUUUUGUUUAUUCUGGUUAAACUUGCAUUGAACAUUUAAAACCUAGUUAAGUUUGUAGGCCAGGCAUACAACUUUGAAGACAUAUUUCCUGUUCUUCAUAAUUAUGGCUAAAAAAUGACCAUAUCUCACCACCCUUGGCUAAUCUUGAAAAGUUUAACAAGGUUGGGCUUGGAUAAGAAAUCAUCAGAAAAUCCCAGGACUGUAGAUUAAACUGAGAAGUUGAAAAAGGCAGGGAAAGCACUUCAGUUUUGUUGCUAAGAAUACUUCAAGCAAAUGUCUUUGAAGUCAUGAGGAAUCAAGCACAACUUAAAGCAGACUUACCUUUAAAGAAAAAUGUUGUGUCUGUAGGAAUACACUGUAGGUAUAAAAAUCUGUAUUUGAUCUUUUGCAAUAGGUGUAACAUUUAUACGCAUGCAAAAUACUGACCUACAGCUUUUUUCAUUAUCAUACUUGAAUUCUGGUGUGAUCCAGGGUACAUUCUGGGGCAAUAGAUGAAUUAAUGAAAUUGGCAUGCCACAGCAAUGAGUGUAUUAAAUUUUAAGAUACACAAAGCAAUGAAACCCUUUGUUACAUUUGUUGCCUUUUGAAUUUCUAAGAUUAAGAAUCUAACUACAGUUUGCUGAACAGAGAAAUUAUUAAAUAAUAUAAGAAGAUGAGUAUAAAAAAUCUACAAAAAUGUUUAGUUACACAGAUGCAACAAAUCCAAAUAAUAGUAUUAAGAUUGUUAAAAUUGGUAUUUUAUAGAUCAACCAAUAAUAACAAAUUUAGUCCUUUAUUCUGCUGCUGAAAGCAUGUAUUUUGAAGGCUGUUUCACAGUCUUUCAAAAUGCAUGAUGAUUAGAAAAAAUUAGAGACAUUGAAUAUACUAUUAUUUAAGUGUUUUGCUGUAUGCUGAAUGAGUGUAUUGGAUUUUUCUUGGCUAUUGAAACGGGAACAUUUUUAACCAAGUAAACAUCUCAUUGACAUGAACGUAACCAUGUCUUUCUAAACAGGAAAGUAAGAGGCUGAUGGGAUGACUUUGCAGCUUGUAAGGUAACUGUACCCAUGCACCAAUGCUAAAAACUGUAUACUAAUGUAAAAAUGUGUAUUUCUUGCCUUCAAGUAAAUGUUAACUGUUAAUAUAUUUUCAUUUUAGUGGCUUAAUAUUACAAACUAUUGUAAUAAAGAUAAAUGUAUGGAAUUAGAUAAAAAGACUGCAGUGCAGUCUGUUGUGGUGAUAAACACCACCAGCAUUGUUCCUAACAUCCUUCUAGCUUGGUGCUUCCAGAUGUGUUGGGGUUGCAGCUCCCAGAAUUCCCAGGCAGCAUGGCCAAGAUGAAGAAUUCUGUGACUUGCAGUCUUAAGACAUAUGGAAAGUGCUUGAUUGGUAAAGGCUAAUAGUGAACUUAUUUUGGCUAUUAGGGCUGUGCAUGCUUCAAUAAUUCAGAAGAAUUCCCUUUUGUGAGCAUCACGCUUCUCUGUUUAUUAAAGCAUCUUGACACUUUUUGGGAUUCUGGCAAGACUGAACAAAGGUUGCCCCUGCUUAAAGGAACCUACUUAUUUUACAAUUAGUGAAACUCUUAAAGCAGAAUUACUUUUUAUUCAGGCUCCUGUGGAAGCUGAAAAAAAGUCAGGCUGUUUUAAGGACGAGUAGAGAAGUGCUGUGCUCAUGCAAGGCACCAAGCACUUCUGAAUGAAGUGCAGACAGCCCUCUUGACUAUCACUGGAUUUAACAUUAUACAAAACUGCUUCCACUGACACUACCCAGACUCGUUCCUGGGAGUCUCCAAACUCUGUGGGGUAGAAGUGGGUUUACCAGCUGUGGAAGAAUGUGUUCUACCAGUGUUCUCUCUUCAGCUGGCAGAUGAAUGGAGUUGGAUAUAAUCAACUGUAGAGAUGUGAUGGCAGUUCCUAAAGCCACUAUGUACUGUGGAAACAAAAGCCACCUGAUUUUUAUACUUGCUUGAAGUCCUUUUACUAUUCAAUUGCAUCAGUCCAAUUUUCUUUUAUGUAAUGAUUAAAUAGGAAACCAUGUUGGCACAAGGCCUUAUCUGUGAGAGUUCAAUUCAGAUCCAUCAGAUUAGCAGACUAAAAGGUUACUUUGGGCAUGAUAACUAACAUUCUCUGUGCAUUGUCCCCCGCUUUGCAGAAAGAGGUAAGUUAGUAGAGAUGUCUAACUGCACAGCUGAUUCUCAGUGGUGACUUUUUCCAAAUGUUAGAGGUGUGCCCAAGAAUAUUUAAAUAAAUUUUUUUAGUCCUUGAAUAAAUUUCAGAAUAUUUUCAACCUGACCUAACAAUUCAGAUGCAGCUUAUAACGUCCUUCUGACAAGGUACGGACUGAACAAAUGAAACUUGAAUAUUGCAUGUGUUAAAUUGUGGAGCUUUUUCACUGUCCUUUGGGAAAGAAUUAGCCAAUCUUGCACCAUUGUUUGCUUACCAAAAAUAAAGUUCACUUCUUACUUAUAUUGCACAAAGUGUAUGUUUUGUAAAUACCAGAAUCUUAUGCUCAUUAGUAAAUUUGCCUUUGGAGGGGAGAGGAAAAUUAAGUGUUCACAUUUCUAAUUGUCCCGUGCAAAUCUUUAUUUUCAAU